CGUGCUCCUCCUUGGCCGGUGCGUGCCUGAGGUGAGAACCAUGGCCGGGCUCCUCAGGACAGCCGCGCGGCUCCGCUUAAGCCUCUGGGCCCUCCGAGCCGGCCACAACGCCGCCUCCCUCGCCUUCUCCCCGGCCUCGGGCCUCUCCUCAGCGGCGGCGACGGCCUCCAGCACGAGCAGGGCCGGCAGACAUCUGAUCUAUCAAGCAAGACUUUUCACAAUUGCAACGCAAGAAAAGGGAGAUGUUCAGGAGCAACCAGUAGCUGCUAUUCGGAUGAAGCAGGCACAGCAUUUUGAUUGGGCCUUGAAUAAACUGGAUAAUUCUGUCAGAAGAACUGGCCGUAUAACAAAAACCCUUCUAUUAAAAAUAUUUCAUGAUGUUUGCAGAACAGGAUAUCCAAGUAGUAACCAGGCCCUGUUGCUAUUGAGAAGCUGUGGGUCACUACUACCUGAGCUGUGUCCAACUGAAAGAACAGAGCUUGGCCAUACCAUGUGGAACAGGCUGAAGGAACUUGGAGUUGUAUAUGAUGUGAGCCAUUAUAAUGCUUUACUCAAGGUCUAUCUUCAGAAUGAACAUAAUUUCUCACCAACUGAAUUCUUAACAAAAAUGGAAGAAGCCAAUGUGCAACCUAAUCGGGUUACAUACCAGCGAUUGAUUGCUGCCUAUUGCAACAAGGGUGAUAUAGAAGGUGCCAGCAAGAUCCUUGGUUUUAUGAAAAGUAAAGAACUCCCAAUCACUGAGUCUGUAUUCAGCGCCCUUGUGACAGGCCAUGCAAGAGCAGGAGAUAUGGAUAAUGCAGAAAAUAUCCUUUCUGUGAUGAGAGAUGCUGGAAUUGAACCUGGUCCAGAUACCUAUGUUGCAUUAGUGAAGGCAUAUGCUGAGAAGGGUGACCUAAGCAAAAUUGAAGAGACCUUGGGAAACAUUGCAAAGACGGACAGUUACCUUCUGGACAGGGACUUGAUGGACAUCAUUUUUACUUUGGCCAAGGCUGGGCAUUCUCAGUAUGUACCAAAUAUUCUGGACAAGAUGAGAUAUGAUAGAGGUUACAUUCCAGAUGCUAUGAAUCUUUGUCUGACUUUAAUAACACAAGGCUUAGAAGAUACAGCUUUUCAAGUUUUGAAGUCAUUUCCUUCCUCGUCAUUCGAUUCCCAGAAUGAAUAUGGAUUGGAUCGUGGUAACUUCUUCUUACGUCAUUGUGUAAAUACAGAUAAGCCAGCAAAUAAACUGGAAUACUUUUGUGAUGAAUUGAAGAAAGCCAACAUGCACACUUCACCUUUACAGUUGACUCUGCUGUGUGCAUUAGAAUCAAAGAAAGCUGCUCUGGCAUUUGAUUUAAUGAAGAUAAUGAAGAAAGAAGGUUUACCUGUCAAAUCCCAUUAUUUCUGGCCAUUGUUGGUUGAGUGCCAGAAAGAGAAAAAUGUUGAAGGUACAAUUGAAGUUCUCAAAGCAAUGCACGAACUGCAGGUACAACCUGAUGUGGAAACAUAUGCAAGCUAUGUUUUGUCAAAUUUUGAUGAUGUCAGCUCUGCACGCCAUCUGUUGCAGGAACGGAACUGUCCUCUUGAAAUUGAUGCAUUCUCUGCAGCAGAAAUCAGACAUGAAGCUGCAAAUGAAAGGCUGGAUAAAGUUUUCUCAUUAUUGUCUUCUGAAAAUAUGCCAUCUCUGGAUCAUAUACAGUUUAGAGGGAGUCUGAUCCUUGGAUUCAGAAGGUCCAAUGAUGUAGAUCUUUGGAGCAAGAUAACAGAACUGUUGUACAAGGAUGGACGUUAUUGCCAGACGCCUCCAGGACCAACUGAAGCUGUUGGCUAUUUUCUUUAUAGUUUGAUUGACAGCAUGAGUGACUCAGAGGUACAGGCCAAGGAGGAGCGGUUGAGACAAUACUUCCAUCAGCUGAAGAAGAUGAACAUAGUAAUCUCUCCUCAAAUCUUCAGAGGUAUUCGCAACCUGCUGGACAACUACCAUGUUCCUGAAUUAAUUAAGGAUGUAAUUUUACUGAUGAAUAGAGAAACGUUAUCUCAAGGAACUGCAGCAAAAUUUGCUGGACUUGCUGCAUCUGAUUUGGAGGAGAAACUGGAACAACUAAAAACUGAGAAUCAACCUGUUCAAAAUGUCCUGAAACAGCUUAUAUUUGUUCUGUGCUCAGAAGAGAAUUUGCAGAAAGCCCUUGAAGUGAAGGCCAAAUAUGAAGAGGACAUGGUUGUUGGUGGCUAUGCAGCCUUAAUAAAUUUGUGCUGUCGACAUGAUAAUGCAGAGGAGGCAAUGAACCUGAAAGAAGAACUUUACCGAAAAGAUUCAUCUACUGCUCUGGAUGCAAGGAAGUACUUGGCCUUGGUGAAAGUUUUGGGAAAAUAUGGCAGAAUAGAAGAUGCUAUUAACGUUUUAAAGGAGAUGAAAGAGAAGGAUGUCCCUAUUAAAGAUGGAUCUGCCACAUCCCUUUUCCACGUCCUUAAUAGUGCAGCCUUACGAGGUGAAGUUGAAACAGUGAAUCGGCUAUUUGAGUCCAUUGUGGCUCUGGGUUUAUCAAAACCCACUGGAAACCUGUGUUCUCCUCUCAUUACGGCUCAUCUGGAAAAGGAUGACUUAGCAGCAGCACUGGAAGCUGUUUUUGAUUGCUGUAAAAAGUAUGACAAACUCCCUAGACUUCAUGACAUCUUGUGCAAGUUAAUAGAGAAAGGAAACACUGAAUUAUUGCAGAAAGCUAUGGACUUCCUGAACCAAGAGAGAGGUGAAAUGACAAUGCUCUAUGAUCUCUUCUUUGCCUUCCUGAGCACUGGCAAAUACAAGGAAGCCAGGAAGAUCAUUGAGACACCUGGCUUAAGAGCCCGUCCAAGCCGAUUGGAAUGGUUUGCAGAAAAAUGUAUUGCAAAUAAUCAGGUUGAAUCCCUGGAAACAAUGGUAGAACUGACUCAAAAGCUGUUUGAAUGUGAUAGAGACGAAAUGUAUUACUACUUAUUGAAAUCAUGCAAGGAAAGCAAUGACUGGCAAAAGGCUGAUGCCAUUUGGACUAAAAUGCAGGAAGAAAAUAUUAUUCCGCGUGAAAGAACAUUGAGGUUGCUGGCAGAUAUUCUUAAAACUAAUAACCAGGAAGCUCCAUUUGAUGUACCUGAGACUUGGUAUGAUGAAGAUGUUGAGUCUACCCAGUCUUCAGUUUCACUAGUUCCUGACCAACCUCUUAAUCUUCAAAAAAAACUAUUGAUACUCUGCAAAAGGGGUAAUCCUGAAGAAGCAUACAAUAUUUUACUAGAUGCAGAAAAGAAGGAUAUUGUGUUUCAAGGACUUGGUUAUUCCAAUCUUAUAAGAGCACUGCUGAGCAAGGGUCAUCUUGAAAAAGCAAUCAGUGUAAAAAACAUCGCUGAGACCCACAUCAAGGGCUUCGUGCUGAACGAUGCUGCCAGCAGCCUCCUCAUCAUAACGCAAGUUAGGCGGGAUUAUUUGAAAGAUGCGAUGUUUACCCUCAAGACGCUUCUUGAAAAUGACAAGGUACCCUCUCCACUGGCGGUUACUCGGCUUGUUCAAGCCUUGGCAAAGAAAGGAGAUCUGGAGAGCAUAGGCACAGUUGAGAAGAUGAUGGAAAACCUCAGCAGUGCUAUUAAAUUGUCACGUAUGCUUUUCAUCAACAACACAGUGUUGGCUCACAUCAAGAAUAAUAACCUUGAUGGUGCUUUGGAAUACAUAGAGCCCAUGUUUACCUCUGGAGCACUACAGGCUGAUUCCUCAAAUUCAAGCAUCUCCUUUGUGUUUAGAAGGCUGAUUGAAGACAAAUUGGAACCAGCUUUGGAAAAAUUGAGUGCAAUGUCUGAACGAUUGGCAAAUCAGUUUGGAAUAUACAGACCUGUCACAGACCUCUUUCUUCAAUAUAUAAAUGCAAGAAGAAUUGAAGAUGCCAGACUUCUUCUGGAGAGAUGUGGUGCAAUAGGUGAACAAAAGAAGACUCUGAUGGCUUUCUUGGCACAAACAGCUGAAAAACCAGGACAGGUUGACAAAAUUAAGGUAUUGUUGGAUCUGGUUCCUGACUUUACAGAUACGAGGAUAGUUUCCUCUUACCUCAUGAAAUGCUAUGCAUUGGACGAGGAUGUAACUUCAGCAAAAGUUCUGUAUGAGAAAAUGAAAGCCGAGGAAUUGCACCCAGAUGAGUUAUUUUUGAAACGUUUGGCAGUUCUCCUCAAGAAAAAUGGAGAGCCAGUUCCUUUCACUGAACCCCCUGAAAGUUUCAGAUUCUAUGCGCAGAAGCUAAAGAAUGAACGGAACGAUUCAUCAGAUGAAGAUUAAACUUUAUCUUCUCUUUGUAAUAUUGGGACUGUGAAAAGAUUUUUUUUUACAAAAAAAAAUGUAUUAUUGUCAGAAUAAAAUAAAAUUGAAAAUGGGACUCUUCAGUGUAUCAAGACUGGCUUCUAUAAAAUUACAGCAUCUUGAAAUAGCAUUUUUCUUCCUGAAGCGAUUAUAAGGAUUUUGUUGGUCCCUACUAGCAUGAGUACCUACUUUGUGGCCUUGACUACAUUUGCAAUCCAGUUCUACUUCUUGGGUGGGGAGUGGGGUCUGUAUUCACAGAAUGAAUGUGUGCAAAUUUUAUUUUAAAAUCAGUAUAUCUUCAAGUAAAAUGAGUUUAUUUAAAGAAAUGAAAAAAGAACAUUUGGGAUUAAAUUGGCAAAUAGAGGUUGAGAUAUAGAACUAUACAGUGUGUUUAUGUCUGCAGAACCCCCCCCCCCCCUCCACCCAGUCACUGAAGCUCUUGCUCUUCUCCAGAAUUGUUUCUACUUAAGUGAUGAAAAUGAAUAUUAAUAUUCUGCCAAAUACAGCAUAUUUUGUGCUUCCCCAGCUGCUACACAGGUAUUGAUUUUGCACUAUUCUGUACCAUAUAGGUGUUAGGAAUCAAAACCUUUCCUGUAGACUGUACUAAAGUGAAUGUUUAUCUGUGAUGUGAAAACACAGUAGUCUUAGUCCAAUGGUUCUCAACCAGGUGUCCCCAGAUGUUUUUGGCCUUCAACUCCCAGAAAUCCUAACAGCGGGUAAACUGGCUGGGAUUUCUGGGAGUUGUAGGCCAAAAAUAUCUGGGGACCCCAGGUUGAGAACCACUGUCUUAGUCUAUGAUAGCUUUUCAAAAAGUCCAUAACCUUCAUUUCCAUUGCACUAAUGUACAUUGAAACACUGCAACCUUUAGUUUUCUUUGAUUUGUAAAUACAGCACAGGGGAUAGUAAAGGAUAAUGGAUAAUUCAAUUAAUGCCUAUAGAUCUUUGCUGCUGUAUUUGUUAAGCUUUGGACAUUUGAGUGACCCAUGCUUGCAUUUUAUUAUUUCUGUUCUUUGCAAAACAAAUAAACUUGUAAAUGUUCCACA